AUGGAAUUAGAGGAGGAGGUGUCGGCUGGGGCAGGAUGGAGCGAGGGAAUGAGAGGAGGAGGUGUCGGCUGGGGCAGGAUGGAAUUAGAGGAGGAGGUGUCGGCUGGGGCAGGAUGGAGCGAGGGAAUGAGAGGAGGAGGAGGAGUGAAGGAGUUGGUUCUGGACUCUAAACUGCUGGCCCAGAUCCUGAACAUGUCAUCAGGCAGGUGUUGGUCCAGUGACUCGUAUAACCCAGUACCAGGUGUCAUGGAGGGAGUCCCCUCUGAUAACAACUACCAGAGAUGCUUUGGGACCACGCUCAUGGCCAAGGACCUUGGUCUGGUCCAGUACACCGCUACCAGCACUAAGACCCCAGUCCCCCUGGGCUCGCUGGCCCACCAGAUCUACCGGGUCAUUACCCUCAGCCACAUCCCCCACCCCAGUACCCCCACCCCAGUACCCCCAGCCACAUCCCCACCCCAGUACCCUCAGCCACAUCCCCCACCCCAGUACCCCCAGCUACACUCCCACUCCCCAAGUACCCCCAGCUACACUCCUACUCCCCAAGUACCCCCAGCUACAUCCCCCACCCCAGUACCCCAGCUACUCCCCAAGUACCCCCAGCCACAUCCCCCACCCCAGUACCCCAGCUACUCCCCAAGUACCCCCAGCUACACUCCUACUCCCCAAGUACCCCCAGCUACACUCCUACUCCCCCAGUACCCCCAGCUACACUCCUACUCUCCCAGUACCCCCAGCCACAUCUCCCACCCCAGUACUCCUACUCCCCCAGCCACAUCCCCCACCCCAGUACCCCCAGCUACUCCCCAAGUACCCCCAGCUACACUCCCACUCCCCAAGUACCCCCAGCUACACUCCACUCCCCAGUACCCCCAGCUACACUCCCUACUCCCCCAGUACCCCUGCUACACUCCACUCCCCUACACUCCCUCCCCCAGUACCCCCAGCUACACUCCUACCCCCAGUACCCCCAGCUACACUCCUACUCUCCCAGUACCCCCAGCUACACUCCUACUCCCCAGUAAGCUACACUCCUACCCCCAGUACCCCCAGCUACACUCCUACUCCCCAGUACCCCAGUACCCCAGCCCCCAGUACCCCCCUACUCCCCCAAGUACCCCCUGCUACACUCUCCCCUACUCCUCCCAGUACCCCCAGCUACACUCCUACUCCCCAUACCCCCAGCUACACUCCUACUCCCAGUACCCCCAGCUACACUCCUACUCCCCCAGUACCCCCAGCUACACUCCUACUCCCCAGUACCCCCAGCUACACUCCUACUCCCCAGUACCCCAGCUACACUCCUACUCUCCCAGUACCCCAGCUACACUCCUACUCUCCCAGUACCCCCAGCUACACUCCUACUCCCCAGUACCCCAGCUACACUCCUACUCCCCAGUACCCCAGCUACACUCCUACUCCCCAGUACCCCAGCUACACUCCUACUCUCCCAGUACCCCAGUACCCCAGCUACACUCCUACUCUCCCAGUACCCCAGCUACACUCCUACUCUCCCAGUACCCCAGCUACACUCCUACUCCCCCCCAGCUACACUCCUACUCUCCCCCCAGCUACACUCCUACUCCCCCAGUACCCCAGCUACACUCCUACUCUCCCAUACCCCAGCUACACUCCUACUCUCCCAGUACCCCAGCUACACUCCUACUCUCCCAGUACCCCAGCUACACUCCUACUCUCCCAGUACCCCCAGCUACACUCCUACUCUCCCAGUACCCCCAGCUACACUCCUACUCUCCCAGUACCCCCAGCUACACUCCUACUCCCCAGUACCCCCAGCUACACUCUCCCUCCUACUCUCCCCAGUACCCCCAGCUACACUCCUACUCUCCCAGUACCCCAGCUACACUCCUACUCUCCCAGUACCCCCAGCUACACUCCUACUCUCCCAGUACCCCCAGCUACACUCCUACUCCCCCAGUACCCCAGCUACACUCCUACUCCCCAGUACCCCAGCUACACUCCUACUCCCCAGUACCCCAGCUACACUCCUACUCUCCCAGUACCCCCAGCUACACUCCUACUCCCCAGUACCCCAGCUACACUCCUACUCCCCCAGUACCCCAGCUACACUCCUACUCCCCAGUACCCCCAGCUACACUCCUACUCUCCCAGUACCCCAGCUACACUCCUACUCCCCAGUACCCCAGCUACACUCCUACUCCCCAGUACCCCAGCUACACUCCUACUCCCCCCCCCCAGUACCCCCAGCUACACUCCUACUCCCCCAGUACCCCAGCCCCAGCCACAUACUCCCCCAGUACCCCAGCUACACUCCUACUCCCCAGCCCCAUCCCCACUCCCCCAGUACCCCAGCUACACUCCAUCCCCCCCACCCCUACUCCCCCAGCCCCAGCUACACCCCCAGUACCCCCCCCUCCUACAUCCCCAACCCCAGUACCCCACUCCCCCAUACCCCCCUACACUCCCUCCCCCAGUACCCCCAGCUACACAUCCCCCCCAGUACCCCCAGCCACAUCCCCACUCCCCCAGUACCCCAGCCACAUCCCCACUCCCCAGUACCCCCAGCCACAUCCCCACUCCCCCCCCAGCCACAUCCCCCAUCCCCAGCCACAUCCCCCCCCCCAGUACCCCAGCCACAUCCCCAGUACCCCCAGUACCCCAGCCACAUCCCCAACCCCAGUACCCCAGCCACAUCCCCCACCCAGUACCCCAGCUACUCCCCCAGUACCCCCCACACAUACCCCCCACCCCCAGUACAUCCCCCACCCCAUCCCCCACCCCAGUACCCCCAGCCACAUCCCUACUCCCCCAGCCACAUCCCCCACUCCAGCCCCACUCCCCCAGUACCCCCACCCACCCCAGUACCCCCAGCCACAUCCCCCAGUACCCCCCCCCAGUACCCUCCCAGUACCCCAGCUACACUCCUACUCUCCCAGUACCCCCAGCUACACUCCUACCCCCCCAGUACCCCCAGCUACACUCCUACUCCCCCAGUACCCCCAGCCACACCCCUACUCCCCCAGUACCCCUAGCCACACCCCUACUCCCCCAGUACCCCCAGUCACACCCCUAAUCCCCCAGUACCUACAACUCUAA